AUGGCAAAUAAACGCGGCGCCUGUGGUCGUUUUGCUUCUACAGUGGACUCGAUAAAGUGCUCAAGUUGCACUAAUUUAUUUCAUCGCAAAUGUGCUAUUAUUCCUAUUGACGGCCGAAUAUCAAAUAAAUGGCAAUGCAGCGGUUGUAAGGCAAAAAAUGUAUGUGCGAGUGGGGUGAACACAAUUGCUACGCCUAGUUCGUGUAGCUCGGGCGGCACGGACACAGAGUUCGGCGAUGCACAGCUUGGAUCCGACGAUAGAGGGCGCUGUGAAACUAAUGUCGACUUAGCAAACGAGCUAAAAUUAAUACGCGAGCAGUUGACUACUAUUGCCCGCGAAAUGGUAUCUUUUCGCCAUGAAAUCACUAACAUUAAUUCUAAUAUUAGUGAAAUAAGUAACAGGGUUAGCGACGUCGAGAAAAGGAUCGCAUGUCUUGAGCAGCAGGCAACGGACUUGCCGAGUCAACCCGGAGGGUCCAAGGUCGAAGAUAGCAUAGCGGAGUUAAAGUGUCGACUUAACGAGCGUGAUCAAGAAUUACUUUUAAACGAUCUGGAAAUAUCUGGUGUAAUAGAACAGAAGGACGAAAACCCCUUGCACCUCGUCACUAUGCUUGCGGCUAAAAUUGGCACUGAAUUGGACGAGCGCGAUGUUAAAGACCGACCAGGACAAGCAAAUUUUCUUCUCGAACUCGAGCGGCUACGACGCGAAGCUGUUCCCUCAUCAGAUGAAAAUGCUACGGCUAAGGAUGCGGUGCCACAAGUUGCAGAACAACCCGCACCCGUGGAUGCAGCCGUGAAUACCCCAGUGGUGGCUGAUUCAAAUGAUUCGCCCAGGAAAUAUAAAUAG